ACCAUUGGCUGUCUGUUGGCGUCAUGGCCACGCCCCUCGCGGAGCAUGCGGGCUUGUUGUGGCAGGCGGAGGGAAGGGCGGGGCUGAGGCGGGGACGUCACCACCGCUAAUCCGCUAAAGGCGGCGCAGCAGAACUUUCCUCGUGGUUUAAGUCAUGGCGGCGCCUGCUUAACACAUGUAGCAUAAUGAUGUCAUUUUUAUAUAACAGUUGCUGCUGGAAGAAAAUGCUUGCAGAACACUCCUCCAGCUCUUUUCAUGAGACCUGCUUCUAACCAGCUCUCCUCUUCGGCAAAAUUUGAACAGACUGUCCAAGAGCAGAGAUGCAAUCCUGUCGGCAAAUGUUGCACACAAUUGUCUGCAUCCAUUUCCACUUGCUGAUCUUGACUGAAGGAGCUACCAGAAUCUACUUCCUGGGCAUCCGUGAAGUGGAAUGGAACUAUGCCCCUCAGGGGAAGAACAUGGUCACAGGACAAAGCAUCAUGAGUGACGCGACAGCCUCCCAGUUCCUCCAACCUGCCAAGGAUCGCAUAGGCAGCACCUACAGGAAGUCUGUCUAUAAACACUACUCUGAUUCCACCUACACCUCCGAAGUCCCUAAGCCAGCCUGGCUGGGCUUCCUUGGGCCCAUCGUCCAAGCCGAGGUGGGAGACACAGUGGUUGUCCACUUGAAAAACUUUGCCAGCCGGCCGUUCAGCAUCCAUCCACAUGGCGUCCUCUACACAAAGGACUCGGAAGGGUCCCUGUAUCCUGAUGUGACCUCACAGGAGCUGAAGAAGGAUGAUGCCGUUCCACCAGGAGGGAACCACACCUAUACCUGGACUGUUCCUGAGGACCACGGACCAACUGAUGAUGAUCCGACCUGCCUGAUGUGGAUCUACCAUUCCCACGUCGAUGCCCCCAAAGAUAUUGCCACUGGCUUAAUUGGCCCGUUGCUGAUAUGCAGAGAAGGAACCCUGAAAAGUGUCUCUCAAAGGCGCCAUGAUGUAGACCUCGAUUUCUUUCUGAUGUUCAGCGUGAUUGACGAGAAUGAAAGCUGGCACUUGGGUGAGAACGUUGCAUCCUUCUGUGGAGACCCAGAAUCUGUUGAUGAAGAAGACGAGGGUUUUAAGGAGAGUAACAAAAUGCAUGCCAUCAAUGGCUAUGUCUUUGGGAACCUGCCUGAGAUGACCAUUUGUGCUGGGGACAGUGUAUCAUGGCAUCUCUUCGGGAUGGGCAGUGAGAUGGACAUCCACACUGCUUUCUUCCACGGACAGACCCUGAUUGUCCGAGGCCACAGGACCGAUGUGGCCAGCCUCUUCCCUGCCACUUUUGUGACAGCUCAGAUGAUCCCUCGUAACAUUGGGAAAUGGCUGAUCAGUUGCCAGGUCCAUGAUCAUCUGCAAGCGGGGAUGGAGGCGUUCUACGAAGUCAAAAACUGUUCCCAGCAACAUUCAGAGCCUGCCCUGAAAGGGAAGCUGCGAAAAUAUUACAUUGCGGCAAAGGAAGUUCCGUGGAAUUACGGACCCUCAGGAUUAGACCAGAGCACUGGGGAAAACCUGCAGGAGCCAGGCAGCUUUUCAGAGCAGUUCUUUAAGCAGAAUUCCACGCGGAUUGGGGGGACAUACUGGAAGGCCAAAUAUAUUGAGUAUACAGAUGGAACGUUUCGAGUGGAGAAAGGACGGACGGAAGAAGAAAAACAUCUCGGAAUACUUGGACCAGUGAUUAGAGCGGAAGUAGGAGACACCAUCCAGGUCACCUUUGCCAACAAGGCCUCGUGGCCCUUCAGCAUUCAACCCCAUGGCGUCUUCUACGGGAAAACAUGGGAAGGAACCCCCUAUCGUGACGGUUUGUCCAGGAACGGAGCUGCUGUGAACCCCCUGGGGAACUUCACCUACCAAUGGACGGUACCACCGCAUGUUGGGCCCACGGCUGAAGACCCUCCUUGCCUGACGUGGAUGUACUCUUCAGCUGUGGAUCCCGCCCGAGACACCAGCUCUGGCUUAGUGGGGCCCUUGAUUGUCUGUAGGCCUGGAACCCUUGAUGGAAAUAACAAGCAGAAAGGAGUCGAUAAGGAGUUUUACCUCUUGUUCAGUGUGUUUGAUGAAAACCUGAGCUGGUAUGUGGAUUCAAAUCUGAAAUAUUUGAAAUACUUCUCGACAAAAGAAUCUGCUUUUGAGCAUCCAGGCUUCAAGGAGUCCAACAGGAUGCAUGCCAUUAACGGAUUCAUGUUCGGUAACUUGCUUGGCCUGGAUGUCUGCGAAGGAGAGACCGUCUCCUGGCACCUUUUGGGCCUCGGCACGGAAGCUGACAUCCACAGAGUGGUCUUCCAGGGAAAUACAGUCUUGAUGGAUGGGAUGAGGCGAGACGCGGGCAGUCUCUUCCCUCACACGUUCGCCACGGCCCUCAUGCAGCCUGAUCAUGAAGGGACUUUUGAGCUGUACUGUCAGACUAGCAACCAUUACCAGUCUGGGAUGAAGGGCCGUUACUCAGUCCAGCCCUGUGGGAAGAAGAUCCUUACUCACAGCCAGCGGUAUGAAAGAGUGAGGACGCUCUAUAUUAUGGCGGAAGAAGUAGAAUGGGAUUAUUCCCCAGAUCGCAGCUGGGAGCUGGAAAGGCACAACAAGUCAGCAGAAGAAAGCUAUGGUCACAUCUUCCUAAGCCAACAGAACGGACUCCUUGGCUCCAAGUACAAGAAAGCUGUCUACAAGGAAUACACCGAUGGCACUUUCAGGACCCCAAAGAACAGGAGCAGCAGUGAGGAACAUCUGGGGAUACUGGGUCCUUUCAUCUGGGCAGAAGUGGGGGAUGUCCUCAACAUUGUGUUUAGAAACAAUGCCACGCGGCCAUAUUCCAUCCAUGCCCAUGGAGUGAUGGAGAAGAGCAGUGGGGAACCACAAGCAGCAUUGCCUGGUGAAAUAGUAACAUAUCGGUGGGAUGUUCCUGUUAGAUCUGGUCCGGGACCGAACGAUUCUGUCUGUAUCUCUUGGAUCUACUACUCCCGGGUGGACCCUGUAAAGGAUAUGUAUAGCGGCCUCAUUGGCCCCCUGAAGGUCUGCCGCAAAGGUGUGCUGCAUGCGGAUGGGAGAAGGAGAGAGGUGAGCCAGGAGUUUGCUCUCCUCUUCUUCAUCUUUGAUGAAAACCAGUCCUGGUACCUGCGGGAGAAUGUGGAGAAAUAUGGCCAAGGGGACUGGAACCCUUCCCGCCGACAGGAUGAAGAAUUUGUGGAAAGCAACAAAAUGCAUGCCAUCAAUGGUAAGGUCUAUGCAAACUUGCCUGGGCUGACCAUGUAUGAAGGAGACUGGGUGAACUGGUACUUGCUGGGAAUGGGCCAGGAGAUCGAUAUCCACACGGUUCACUUUCACGCCGAGACAUUCAUAUACCGGAGCGGCAGGAGCUACAGAGCAGACGUCGUGGACCUCUUCCCGGGGACCUUUGAGAUGGUGGAGAUGCUGGUCAGCAACCCUGGCACCUGGCUGCUUCAUUGCCAUGUGGCUGAUCACAUCCACGCUGGCAUGGAGGCGCUCUUCACCGUCUUGCCGAGGCCAGAGAUCCCUCCUGAAGACCAGGACAACUCCCCUCAAAUCCUCCUGUUUGGCUCUAAAGUGCCUUACCGGCACAUAGAAGCAACCAUCAUCAUCCUCGUGGUGGUGGGGACCGUGCUGCUUGUGGUGGCCAGUGCCCUCCUGGGAGUCGUCAUUUAUAUGGAAAGGCAAAAGAAGCUGAGACGUAACAGGCGCUCCAUCCUGGAUGAAGGGUUCAAGCUGAUGUCUACGAAGAACAACGGCAUUUAGAAGGGACGGGGGGAGCUUGCUGUGGCCUGAGAGCUUCACCCUGGGAGAAACACCCCAGAAAGUCUUUUGCAAAGAUUGCUUGAGGAGCAAGAUGUUAACGCUGCUGAAUGAGUCGUCCCUUUAGGAAGACUGAACAAGAAACGUGCCCAGCAGCAGCAGCAGCCUCUAAGCACUGUCAUCUCUCUCUUGGCUUCCUGCUUUUACGGGGCUUUUGCUGGGUGCCCUGCACCUCCGGGUGUCUGAUCAGAGGACGGAACUGCAGGCAAUCCUGUCUGGGAGAAUCCUCAUAGCCCCAGGGAGUCAGGCGACACCAAGAGGACCAACUCUGUGCCACUGUCUCCUCUAAAGCUCCCCGUUUUGUUUGUUUUUUGCACUCCCUCAGACUCUUGGCAGGUUCUUCCUCUACUCCACCAAACUGUUGGCUUCUAGCCUGCCUGCCCACUUGUGUUCUGACUGGCCACCUGACUUCUGCCUGCCCUUGAACCUGACUAGGAAGCAGCAGAAGUGGGCAGAGCUCUCCUUCUCUCCCCCCAAGAAGCCGUCUUAAAUCCUCCACUGCAGAUUGUUUUCCUUGCUUGGACUUGCCUCCAUCCUCUGCCCUGCCCCCUCCCCACAGAAAGACCAAGCACGGCACGGGCAGGGAUCGGGGACCUCGAAGGAUGGGUGGCUUCGGUUUGUCUCUGCUGCACAGCCCUAAUAGGCCAGUAAGACAAAGCUGUCAUUAACCCCCAUUAAAGAAACAACGGUUGCAGCACA